AUGGGUAGAAUCCAAGUUUCUGAGCCAUCUGAAUCCCCAAGUCCUGGUCAUAAUGUGGUUGGUUCUUAUCCUCAAAAUGUCGCAACGGCUCCAUCUCUAUCUGUCGGAAGAUCAUGGAACAGUGGAUUGUUCGACUGCCACAACGAUCCUACUAAUGCCGUGAUGACCGCAUUUUUCCCGUGUGUGGCAUUCGGACAAAUAGCUGAAGUCAUGGACGCCAUCGAGCCAUCCCAGGGGUCAUCUAAGCUAAAUUGCACCUCCGGGAGUGUCGUGUACAUGCUGACGAUGAUCGUUUGCUUCAACUGCUACAUUGGAUCGAAAUAUCGGUCGAAACUGAGGAGAAAGUUUGGUCUAGUCGAAGCUCCAUACGAUGACGCUGUCUCUCACUUCUUCUGUCCCUUCUGUUCACUCUGCCAAGAGUUUCGCGAGCUCAAGAGCCGACAGCUCGAUCCUGCACUAGGAUGGAAUGGCAUUCUUGCUAAACAGCAGGAGAUGAUGCAGUAUGGGACAGAGCAGAUGAACAAAGCUCCUCAACCUCAAGCCAUGUCCAAGUAAAGAGCCCUUCCAAUUCUCUCUUUCUUUCAUUUCAUAUGUUUUGUGGCAAUAAAAACAUUCAAGAAUGUGGGCAUUUUAUGAACUUGUUGAAUAAAUAAGUAGUGGUUCAACAUUAGGAAAUUGGAUUUUGAUUUAAUGUUUGUGAUUGGGUUUUUUUUUUAUAUAUUUAUUUUAUU